GGGAGGCCGGCGCUCUGACGUGGACUCGGGGGCCGCAAGCGCGGCGUGGGGGGGGGGGGCGCGGCCCCAGGGGCUUCUUAAACCCCCCGCCCCGGCCCGGCCCGCACUUCCCGAGCACUGCUCCGCCCCCGGAGGGAGAGAGAGAGAGACACAGAGAGAGAGAGCGCGGCCGAGGAGCCGAGGAGGCCAGCCGAGUCCCACCAGCCAGGGCGCGAGACAAGUUGAGAGCAGCGCAGCGCAGAGCUGCGAGUCCCGCGGUCGCGCCCCGACAGCGCCCCGACAGCGCCCCGACAGCGCCCCAGCCCCAGCCCGAGCCCAGCCCGAGCCCAGCAGGCAGAGCAGCCCCCGCCCCAGCCCGCGCCAGCAUGAUGAACAACAGCAGCUACUCAGAGGCCGCCGGCCUCGGCCUGGGCGACGAGGUGGACGACAUGCCGUCCACGGAGAAGGACCUGGCAGAGGACGCGCCGUGGAAGAAGAUCCAGCAGAACACGUUCACGCGCUGGUGCAACGAGCACCUGAAGUGUGUGGGCAAGCGCCUGACCGACCUGCAGCGAGACCUCAGCGACGGGCUGCGCCUCAUCGCGCUGCUCGAGGUGCUCAGCCAGAAGCGCAUGUAUCGCAAGUUCCACCCGCGCCCCAACUUCCGCCAGAUGAAGCUGGAGAACGUGUCCGUGGCCCUCGAGUUCCUGGAGCGCGAGCACAUCAAGCUCGUGUCCAUCGACAGCAAGGCCAUUGUGGAUGGGAACCUGAAGCUGAUCCUGGGUCUGAUCUGGACGCUGAUCCUACACUACUCUAUCUCCAUGCCCAUGUGGGAGGAUGAGGAGGACGAGGACGCCCGCAAGCAGACGCCCAAGCAGCGUCUGCUCGGCUGGAUCCAGAACAAGGUGCCCCAGCUGCCCAUCACUAACUUCAACCGUGACUGGCAGGAUGGCAAAGCUCUGGGCGCCCUGGUGGACAACUGUGCCCCUGGCCUGUGCCCUGACUGGGAAGCCUGGGACCCCAACCAGCCUGUGGAGAACGCCCGGGAGGCCAUGCAGCAGGCGGACGACUGGCUCGGGGUGCCCCAGGUGAUUGCCCCCGAGGAGAUUGUGGACCCCAACGUGGAUGAGCAUUCUGUCAUGACCUACCUGUCCCAGUUCCCCAAGGCCAAACUCAAACCUGGUGCCCCUGUUCGCUCUAAACAGCUGAACCCCAAGAAGGCCAUCGCCUACGGGCCUGGCAUCGAGCCCCACGGCAACACUGUGCUACAGCCUGCCCACUUCACCGUGCAGACGGUGGAUGCCGGCGUGGGCGAGGUGCUGGUCUACAUUGAGGACCCUGAGGGCCACACCGAGGAGGCCAAAGUGGUUCCCAACAAUGACAAGAACCGCACCUAUGCUGUCUCCUAUGUGCCCAAGGUUGCUGGGUUGCACAAGGUGACUGUGCUCUUUGCUGGCCAGAAUAUCGAACGCAGUCCCUUUGAGGUGAACGUGGGCAUGGCUCUGGGAGAUGCCAACAAGGUGUCAGCCCGUGGCCCUGGCCUGGAGCCUGUGGGCAAUGUGGCCAACAAACCCACGUACUUUGACAUCUAUACUGCGGGGGCCGGCACUGGUGAUGUUGCCGUGGUGAUCGUGGACCCGCAGGGCCGGCGGGACACAGUGGAGGUGGCCCUGGAGGACAAGGGCGACAGCACGUUCCGUUGCACGUACAGGCCUGUGAUGGAGGGGCCCCACACGGUGCAUGUGGCCUUCGCUGGUGCCCCCAUCACCCGCAGUCCUUUCCCCGUCCAUGUAGCUGAAGCCUGUAACCCUAACGCCUGCCGUGCCUCUGGGCGGGGCCUGCAGCCCAAGGGUGUGCGUGUGAAAGAGGUGGCUGAUUUCAAGGUGUUCACUAAGGGUGCCGGCAGCGGAGAGCUCAAGGUCACAGUCAAAGGGCCAAAGGGCACAGAAGAGCCAGUGAAAGUGCGAGAGGCUGGAGAUGGUGUGUUCGAGUGUGAGUACCACCCUGUGGUGCCUGGGAAGUAUGUGGUGACCAUCACGUGGGGCGGCUAUGCCAUCCCCCGCAGUCCUUUUGAGGUACAGGUGAGCCCAGAGGCAGGAGCACAGAAGGUACGGGCCUGGGGUCCCGGCCUGAAAACUGGCCAGGUGGGGAAGUCGGCCGACUUUGUGGUGGAGGCCAUUGGCACGGAGGUGGGGACACUGGGAUUCUCCAUCGAGGGGCCCUCACAGGCCAAGAUCGAGUGUGAUGACAAGGGGGAUGGCUCCUGCGAUGUGCGGUACUGGCCCACGGAACCUGGGGAGUACGCCGUGCACGUCAUCUGCGAUGACGAGGACAUCCGAGACUCACCCUUCAUUGCCCACAUCCAGCCAGCCGCACCUGACUGCUUCCCGGAUAAGGUGAAGGCCUUUGGGCCUGGCCUGGAGCCCACUGGCUGCAUUGUGGACAAGCCUGCAGAGUUCACCAUCGAUGCCCGUGCUGCUGGCAAGGGAGACCUGAACCUGUAUGCCCAGGAUGCUGAUGGCUGCCCUGUCAACAUCAUGGUCAUCCCCAAUGGCGACGGCACCUUCCGCUGCUCCUACGUGCCCACCAAGCCCAUUAAACACACCAUCAUCAUCUCCUGGGGAGGCGUCAAUGUGCCCAAGAGCCCCUUCCGGGUGAACGUGGGAGAAGGCAGUCACCCCGAGCGGGUGAAGGUGUAUGGCCCAGGCGUGGAGAAGACGGGCCUCAAGGCCAACGAGCCUACCUAUUUCACCGUGGACUGCAGCGAGGCUGGGCAAGGUGUGCCUGGCUGUGGUCAGGGGAGUGGGUGGGGCCUGGGUAGGUGGGGCUUGCACUCUGGCCAGAUCCUGCUUCUAGCUAAGUGGGGGCAGCCGUUGAGAACCCACUCAUGGCCCUGUGCCUGGCUCCCCUCAGGUGACGUGAGUAUCGGCAUCAAGUGCGCUCCCGGAGUGGUGGGCCCUGCAGAAGCUGACAUCGACUUUGACAUCAUCAAGAACGACAAUGACACCUUCACAGUCAAGUACACCCCCCCAGGGGCCGGCCGCUACACCAUUAUGGUGCUGUUUGCCAACCAGGAGAUCCCUGCCAGCCCCUUCCACAUUAAGGUGGACCCAUCCCACGAUGCCAGCAAAGUCAAGGCCGAGGGCCCUGGGCUGAACCGCACGGGUGUGGAAGUCGGGAAGCCCACUCACUUCACGGUGCUGACCAAGGGAGCCGGCAAGGCCAAGCUGGACGUGCACUUUGCCGGGGCUGCCAAGGGUGAGGCCGUGCGGGACUUUGAAAUCAUCGACAACCAUGACUACUCCUACACCGUCAAGUACACGGCCGUCCAGCAGGGCAACAUGGCAGUGACGGUGACCUACGGUGGGGACCCUGUCCCCAAGAGCCCCUUUGUGGUGAAUGUGGCACCCCCAUUGGAUCUCAGCAAAGUCAAAGUUCAAGGCCUGAACAGCAAGGUGGCUGUGGGGCAAGAACAGGCCUUCUCUGUGAACACACGUGGGGCUGGCGGUCAAGGGCAGCUGGAUGUGCGGAUGACUUCACCCUCCCGUCGCCCCAUCCCUUGCAAGCUGGAGCCUGGGGGCGGAGCUGAAACCCAGGCCGUGCGCUACAUGCCCCCUGAGGAGGGACCCUACAAGGUGGACAUCACCUACGAUGGUCACCCAGUGCCCGGUAGCCCCUUUGCUGUGGAGGGUGUCCUGCCCCCCGAUCCCUCCAAGGUCUGUGCUUAUGGGCCUGGUCUCAAGGGCGGCCUGGUAGGCACCCCGGCACCGUUCUCCAUUGACACCAAGGGGGCUGGCACGGGCGGCCUGGGGCUGACUGUGGAGGGCCCCUGUGAGGCCAAGAUUGAGUGCCAGGACAACGGUGAUGGCUCAUGUGCUGUCAGCUACCUGCCCACGGAGCCCGGCGAGUACACCAUCAACAUCUUGUUUGCCGAAGCCCACAUCCCUGGCUCACCCUUCAAGGCCACCAUCCGGCCCGUGUUCGACCCGAGCAAGGUGCGGGCCAGUGGGCCGGGCCUGGAGCGUGGCAAGGCUGGCGAGGCGGCCACCUUCACAGUGGACUGCUCGGAGGCUGGCGAGGCUGAGCUGACCAUCGAGAUCCUGUCGGACGCCGGUGUCAAGGCCGAGGUGCUGAUCCACAACAAUGCCGACGGCACCUACCACAUCACCUACAGCCCCGCCUUUCCUGGCACCUACACAAUUACCAUCAAGUAUGGCGGGCACCCUGUCCCCAAAUUCCCUACCCGCGUCCACGUGCAGCCUGCUGUCGACACCAGUGGAGUCAAGGUCUCAGGGCCCGGGGUGGAGCCUCACGGUGUCCUGCGUGAGGUGACCACUGAGUUCACUGUGGACGCAAGAUCCCUAACAGCGACAGGUGGGAACCACGUGACAGCUCGUGUGCUCAACCCCUCGGGUGCUAAGACGGACACCUAUGUGACAGACAACGGGGACGGCACCUACCGAGUGCAGUACACAGCCUAUGAAGAGGGCGUGCAUCUGGUGGAGGUCCUGUAUGAUGACGUAGCUGUGCCCAAGAGCCCCUUCCGAGUGGGCGUGACCGAGGGCUGUGACCCCACCCGCGUGAGGGCCUUUGGGCCCGGCCUGGAGAGCGGCUUGGUCAACAAGGCCAACCACUUCACUGUGGAGACCAGGGGAGCUGGCACCGGAGGCCUUGGCCUAGCCAUCGAGGGCCCCUCAGAAGCCAAGAUGUCCUGCAAGGACAACAAAGAUGGCAGCUGUACCGUGGAGUACAUCCCUUUCACCGCUGGAGACUACGACGUCAACAUCACCUUUGGGGGGCGGCCCAUCCCAGGGAGCCCGUUCCGGGUGCCGGUGAAGGAUGUGGUGGACCCUGGGAAGGUGAAGUGCUCAGGGCCGGGGCUGGGGGCCGGUGUCAGGGCCCGGGUACCCCAGACCUUCACGGUGGACUGCAGCCAAGCCGGCCGGGCCCCACUGCAAGUGGCCGUGCUGGGCCCCACAGGUGUAGCCGAGCCUGUAGAGGUGCGUGACAAGGGAGAUGGCACCCACACCGUCCACUACACCCCAGCCACCGAUGGGCCCUACACGGUAGCCGUCAAGUAUGCUGACCAGGAGGUACCACGCAGCCCUUUCAAGAUCAAGGUGCUUCCUGCCCAUGAUGCCAGCAAGGUGCGGGCCAGCGGCCCCGGCCUCAACGCCUCUGGCAUCCCUGCCAGCCUGCCCGUGGAGUUCACCAUCGAUGCCCGGGACGCCGGUGAGGGUUUGCUCACCGUCCAGAUCCUGGACCCGGAGGGAAAGCCCAAGAAAGCCAACAUCCGAGACAACGGGGAUGGCACGUACACCGUGUCCUACCUGCCAGACAUGAGUGGCCGGUACACCAUCACCAUCAAGUAUGGCGGCGACGAGAUCCCCUACUCGCCCUUCCGCAUCCACGCCCUGCCCACUGGGGAUGCCAGCAAGUGUCUUGUCACAGUGUCCAUUGGAGGCCAUGGCCUGGGUGCCUGCUUGGGACCCCGCAUCCAGAUCGGGGAGGAGACAGUGAUCACGGUGGACGCCAAGGCGGCAGGCAAGGGGAAGGUGACGUGCACGGUAUCCACUCCGGAUGGGGCGGAGCUCGACGUGGAUGUGGUUGAGAACCACGAUGGUACCUUUGACAUCUACUAUACAGCGCCCGAGCCGGGCAAGUACGUCAUCACCAUCCGCUUCGGAGGCGAGCACAUCCCCAACAGCCCCUUCCACGUGCUGGCGUGUGACCCCAUGCCCCACGUGGAGGAGCCUCCCGAUGUGCUGCAGCCGCACCGGCCCGGCCCCUACCCCACACACUGGGCCACAGAGGAGCCAGUGGUGCCUGUAGAGCCAAUGGAGUCCAUGCUUAGGCCCUUCAACCUGGUCAUCCCCUUCACCGUGCAGAAAGGGGAACUCACAGGGGAGGUACGGAUGCCCUCUGGGAAAACAGCCCGGCCCAACAUCACCGACAAUAAGGAUGGAACCAUCACGGUGAGGUAUGCACCCACCGAGAAAGGCCUGCACCAGAUGGGGAUCAAGUAUGAUGGCAACCACAUCCCUGGAAGCCCCCUGCAGUUUUACGUGGAUGCCAUCAAUAGCCGCCAUGUGAGUGCUUAUGGGCCAGGCCUGAGCCAUGGCAUGGUCAACAAGCCGGCCACCUUCACCAUUGUCACCAAGGAUGCUGGGGAAGGGGGCCUGUCCCUGGCUGUGGAGGGCCCAUCCAAGGCAGAGAUCACCUGCAAGGACAACAAGGAUGGCACCUGCACCGUAUCCUACUUACCCACAGCGCCUGGAGACUACAGCAUCAUCGUGCGCUUUGAUGACAAGCACAUCCCAGGAAGCCCUUUCACGGCCAAGAUCACAGGCGAUGACUCGAUGAGGACAUCACAGCUCAAUGUGGGCACCUCCACGGACGUGUCACUGAAGAUCACGGAGAGUGACCUGAGCCUGCUGACUGCCAGCAUCCGCGCCCCCUCAGGCAACGAGGAGCCCUGCCUAUUGAAGCGCCUGCCCAACAGGCACAUUGGCAUCUCCUUCACCCCGAAGGAGGUUGGGGAGCACGUGGUAAGCGUGCGCAAAAGUGGCAAGCAUGUCACCAACAGCCCCUUCAAGAUCCUGGUGGGGCCAUCUGAGAUCGGAGAUGCCAGCAAGGUGCGGGUCUGGGGCAAGGGCCUGUCCGAGGGACACACCUUCCAGGUGGCGGAGUUCAUCGUGGACACUCGCAACGCAGGUUACGGGGGCCUGGGGUUGAGUAUUGAAGGCCCUAGCAAGGUGGACAUCAACUGUGAAGACAUGGAAGAUGGCACAUGCAAAGUCACCUACUGCCCCACUGAGCCUGGCACCUACAUCAUAAACAUCAAAUUUGCUGACAAGCACGUGCCUGGAAGCCCGUUCACUGUGAAGGUUACCGGUGAGGGUCGCAUGAAGGAAAGCAUCACGCGGCGGAGACAGGCACCUUCCAUUGCCACCAUUGGCAGCACCUGUGACCUCAAUCUCAAGAUCCCAGGGAACUGGUUCCAGAUGGUGUCUGCCCAGGAGCGCCUGACGCGCACCUUCACACGCAGCAGCCACACGUACACCCGCACAGAGCGCACGGAGAUCAGCAAGACGCGCGGCGGAGAGACCAAGCGUGAGGUGCGGGUAGAGGAGUCCACCCAGGUUGGUGGAGACCCCUUCCCCGCGGUCUUCGGGGACUUCUUGGGCCGGGAGCGCCUGGGCUCCUUUGGCAGCAUCACCCGGCAGCAGGAGGGGGAGGCCAGUUCCCAGGACAUGACUGCACAGGUGACCAGCCCAUCGGGCAAGAUGGAAGCCGCAGAGAUUGUCGAGGGAGAAGACAGCGCGUACAGUGUGCGUUUUGUGCCCCAGGAAAUGGGGCCCCAUACAGUCACCGUCAAGUACCGCGGCCAGCACGUACCUGGCAGUCCCUUUCAGUUCACUGUGGGGCCGCUGGGUGAAGGUGGUGCCCACAAAGUGCGGGCUGGAGGCACAGGACUGGAGCGAGGUGUGGCCGGUGUGCCAGCUGAAUUCAGCAUUUGGACCCGAGAAGCUGGUGCUGGAGGCCUGUCUAUUGCCGUGGAGGGUCCCAGCAAGGCGGAGAUUUCAUUUGAGGACCGAAAAGAUGGCUCCUGUGGGGUCUCCUAUGUUGUCCAGGAACCAGGUGACUAUGAGGUCUCCAUCAAGUUCAAUGAUGAACACAUACCAGACAGCCCUUUUGUGGUACCUGUGGCCUCCCUCUCAGAUGAUGCUCGCCGCCUCACUGUCACCAGCCUCCAGGAAACAGGGCUCAAGGUGAACCAGCCGGCGUCCUUUGCGGUGCAGCUGAAUGGUGCUCGGGGUGUGAUUGAUGCGAGGGUGCACACGCCCUCGGGUGCGGUGGAGGAGUGCUACGUCUCUGAGCUGGACAGCGACAAGCACACCAUCCGCUUCAUCCCCCACGAGAACGGCGUCCACUCUAUUGAUGUCAAGUUCAACGGUGCCCACAUCCCUGGCAGUCCCUUCAAGAUCCGCGUUGGGGAACAGAGCCAAGCUGGGGACCCAGGCUUGGUGUCAGCUUAUGGUCCUGGACUUGAGGGAGGCACUACUGGCGUGUCAUCAGAGUUCAUUGUCAACACCCUGAAUGCGGGCUCAGGGGCCUUGUCUGUCACCAUCGAUGGCCCCUCCAAGGUGCAGCUGGACUGUCGGGAGUGUCCUGAGGGCCAUGUUGUCACUUACACUCCCAUGGCUCCUGGCAACUACCUCAUUGCCAUCAAGUACGGUGGCCCCCAGCACAUCGUGGGCAGCCCCUUCAAGGCCAAAGUCACAGGUCCCCGGCUGUCUGGAGGCCACAGCCUUCAUGAAACAUCCACAGUUCUGGUGGAGACCGUGACCAAAUCCUCCUCAAGCCGUGGCUCCAGCUACAGCUCCAUCCCCAAGUUCUCCUCGGAUGCCAGCAAGGUGGUGACACGGGGCCCUGGGCUGUCCCAGGCCUUUGUGGGCCAGAAGAACUCCUUCACCGUGGACUGCAGCAAAGCAGGCACCAACAUGAUGAUGGUGGGCGUGCAUGGGCCCAAGACCCCCUGUGAGGAGGUGUACGUGAAGCACAUGGGGAACCGGGUCUACAAUGUCACCUACACCGUCAAGGAGAAAGGAGACUACAUCCUCAUUGUCAAGUGGGGCGACGAAAGUGUUCCCGGAAGCCCCUUCAAAGUCAACGUGCCCUGAAUCCCUGAAGUGCCUCCCCCAGCCUCAGCCCCCACCUCCGGCCAAUGCACUCACACACACACACACACACACAUACACAAACACACGUACCACACCUAGAUGCACACGCACAGAAUCAGAUACCACAAAUACCUGCCCUGGGGUGUGAAGUGAACGGCCUAGCCUCCCCACCCUGCCAUGCCCCCAGGGGUUGGAGGGCUUUGUCUGUCUCAGGGCAGUGUUCCUCCCGUGAAUGUGACACGAAGGUGGGGUGGGGGAGGGCUGAGGCCAGUGGGGAAGCAUGUGUUUGGGGGUGUCUGCGUGUGUGAGAGAGGGCACCCUCAAACCGUACUGCCGGCCAGACCACCUUGCUGCUAAGGACUGUGUCUGGCCCCUCUGGUGGCCACGACCCCAGAGUGUUAAGGACUUGGAAAAGAAAGCACAAUCGGAGGAGAAAACAGACCCAGAACCAGCAGCAGCGCUGGCACGUGGCCUGGCCCACAGCGAUUUAUAUCUGCCCCAGCCAGGCUUCCUGGAGGACUGCUUUCUUUCUCCCUCUCUCUUUUUUUUUUUUUUUUUUUACGGUUGCACAGCUCUGCCCCAUGGGGGGCCUUUUUUACACACUGCGAGGCCCAGCUUUCUGGGGAGACUUUUGCACAUGUCAUGCGGCUCUGCUGGGAGUCGCGUAAGUGGAAAACUCCAAAUAAAGUUUGGCCUGUCGCA